UCGGGCACCCCACUGCCCCGGGCAGCCGCGCGGCGCCACCAGGAAAGGCGGGGAGCCAACGCGGUCCCGGGGAGGGCUCGCGCGGCCGGCUCCAGGAGGCUUGGAGGAGACUUUCCCCUCCCUCUGCCUCCGCCUCGGCGGCCAGCCCGGGCCCUGGGAGCGGGGUGCCGCCCCUCCCGCCCCGCGCGCGGCUAGGCGCAGUCCGGAGCCACCGCGCCCUGCGCCCCGUGCGAGGACGCCGCUCCUGGUCCUCUGCUCAGCGGCCCGGGAGGCCCAACCGGCGCGCAAACUUUUGCUCCAGCGCCGGGCGCUCCUCCCCGGCAUGUGAAGCCCCCGGGCGCCCGCGCAGCCGCCAAGUUCGCCCCAGGAGCGGGCGCCGCUGGCCGAGAUGCUCCUCCGGGACUUGGUGCUGCGCCGUGGCUGCUGCUGGUCCUCGCUGCUGCUGCACUGCGCGCUCCACCCGCUCUGGGGCUUCGUGCAGGUGACGCACGGUGAGCCCCAGAAGUCCUGCUCCAAAGUGACUGACAGCUGCCGACACGUCUGCCAGUGCCGGCCCCCUCCCCCGCUGCCCCCGCCGCCCCCACCCCCGCCGCCUCCCAGACUCCUCUCUGCCCCAGCUCCCAACUCUACCUCUUGCCCCACUGAGGAAAGCUGGUGGUCGGGGCUGGUGAUCAUCAUUGCCGUAUGCUGUGCCUCCCUGGUGUUUCUGACUGUACUUGUCAUCAUUUGUUACAAAGCCAUAAAAAGGAAACCACUGAGAAAAGACGAAAAUGGCACCAGCGUUGCUGAGUAUCCCAUGAGUGCUUCGCAGAGCAACAAAGGAGUAGACGUGAACAAUGCAGUGGUGUGAGUCUGCAGACCCUGGACCCGCUGGCCAGAGGGACACCUUGGUGGCACUGGUGGACGUGGGAAAGCAGGUGGACAUGAGCUAACCCUGAGCUUGUCCAGGACUUCAUUGCCUCACAGGCCCUGAGCCUCCCGAAGGAGAAACCAUUGUCUUCCCAGGCUUGCCCCUGGUCAGCCUGUGGGCCCAGGCAGCUCGGACACCAGGCUGAGCCCAGCUCACGCUGCGUGCAGCACCUGGGCAGUGUCCCCACCCCAGGCCCUCCACAUCCUCCUCCCUGUCUGGUGUCUGGUCUGUCGACUGCCCCCAGCUGCUGUCUAAAGCAUGCGCACUGGCGAAGCCAGAGGGAUCUGUCUUUUUGCUGUGGCAGGGAGGCUUCCCCCUUUAGCCAAAAGAAAGAUGGUCCGGAGCCCACUCCCUGCCGGAAAACCUCUUCUCCUCCCAGGAAGCCUGCCUGCUCCUCUGUUCACAUUCUCAACAGAAGCCAUCGGCACAGCCAGCAGACAGACAUCCCCUUUCAAAGGUGCUUCCCACACAUCUGUUCAUCGCCCCAUCUGCAGUUGUUGUCAAUCUUCAGGGCCUACCUUCUCCUUCCUAUCCCCACUGACACCCCACACCCUAGGCUCCUGACUGCCUGCCAUGGAGGGCUGUGAGUCCAGCCUGCAAAAUCCCCUCCUGAGCAGACACAGGAGUGCGUUUACACUCGGGGGGCAGUGUCUGGCUUUCCGGGGGCAAAACGACUCACUGAACCCGCGGCCCAGGGCCACUGGGCAAGGGCAGAGGCCACUGCACCUGUCCUCAGACUCAUCCCCACACUUGACCCCAUAGGAACUGAUGCAUCUAUGUGAGCCAGGCCCUGCCUUAGUCAGCAGAGGCCACUACUUGUGCCAA